AUGUUCUCUCCAGGCGGACCGCAGCCUAUGACACAGCCAAACAUAUGGGGCAAUCCUCCUGUCCCCGGACAACCAUUCUUCGGUAGCGCUGGGCCACAGCGCUACUUCGAGAAUAGGGGCGGGCCACAUGCUGUGCCUCAGCCCGGAGCUAUGCCGAUGCCAUAUCCUGCGCACACCAACGCUGUCGGUGGAUGGCCCCACGUGCCGAUGCCAUAUCCGGCGCACAUCCCCAUCAAUCCACAAAUGUACCAUGGGCAUCCCGUAAAUGGACCUCAUACACACGGUGGCUUCGCGGGAGGAUGGUCCCCCCAGGUACUGACUGGACCUUGGGCUGGGCCGCGGGUACCAGUGCCCCCUGCCCCACAGAACGGACAGGCCCCCUUUGAAGCUUUCCCUUCCACACCCUACUUCGUUCCGGAGAAUCCUUUCAACCUCGAUCCUAGAUACCAUGGUCAUAUUUGA